UAAACCCUACGAAGAGGGUAAAAAGGAGGCGAGCCAGCCGAAGAAAACCACAAGAGGAAGCGGCCGUUUUUGACAUCUCGUAUGCUUGAUUUCGCUGGAAUCCUCCGCGAUUGAUUUUACCGCACAGCGGAAAAGGAGAUAAACACGAUAAAAAUCUAAGGAAAACGCAAUCACAUCUUCUCUUUGUCCGCCGCCGCCGCCGCCUCCUCUCUCCAUUGGUAGCACCUUAAUCUGACCCCUGCCCAGCCCGCCGCCAUGGAGGCGCUGACGGCCACGGACAAAUGCUUCUCCCCCGCCAGGUCGAUGUCCCCGAUGCCGAUUAUGAGGCCCCCUACAUCACCGGACGCUGCCAGUCAGUAUCUGGAGGAGUUGCUGCAAGAGCAACAGAAGCUCGGGCCCUUCGUGCAGGUGCUCCCAAUCUGCGGCAGGCUGUUGAAUCAAGAGAUAAUGAGAAUAUCAAGCAUGAUUUCACACCUUGGACUUAGGGGAAAUGAGAGGCUGCCACCAAUUGCAAGUCCAAAUCAUAUGCAUCCAUUGCCCCGGGUGCCCAAUUUCUGUGGAAACGGUUUUGGUCCGUGGAAUGGGAUGCAACCUGAGUGCAGCUGUUCACAAGUGUUAUGUGGACGUCAAGAUGCGGCGAAUGGAACAAACAAGAUACCUUCACAUCUACUUAACAUGUUAUCAUCAAUGGAUAGAAAUGGUUUUCCUAGGGGAGCCAUGGGCUGGCAAGGUGCUGCACAGAACCCUUCCUCUUACAUCGUCAAGAAGAUUGUGCGAUUAGAAGUACCAACAGAUGCUUACCCUAACUUCAACUUCAUUGGCCGUCUGCUUGGGCCGAGGGGGCACUCACUGAAGAGAGUUGAAGCUACUACAGGCUGCCGUGUUUUCAUUAGAGGGAAGGGAUCCAUCAAAGAUCCUGUAAAGGAGGAACAGUACAAGGGAAGGCCUGGCUAUGAACACUUGGGAGAUCCAACACAUAUCUUGAUUGAAGCUGAAUUACCUGCUGAUGUCAUUGACGCUAGACUGGCACAAGCACAGGAGAUACUAGAGGAGUUGCUGAAACCAGUGGAUGAGUCACAAGACAACAUCAAGAGGCAACAACUUCGAGAACUUGCUAUGCUGAACUCAGUAUAUCGAGAGGAUAGCCCGCAUCAGAACGGCAGUGCCUCUCCCUUCAGCAAUGGCGGCACAAAACAGUGAGCGUGUGGGACUCAUUUCCUCAACCCUUAUCCUUGCAGAGACUUUCUCCCCAAUCCUGCUCUCAUGACAGACAUAGCUUUUCUGAUGCUCAAGCUCCUGUGAUGGUGUUGGAAUUCAUACCAUUGCUAGCUGGUGAUUUUGAUCUCCCUUGUGACGUUGACCUGCGGCUGAGAUGACUAGUAGUGAACAAAAUCCUCCAUGGCUGUGUACUUAGGAUACUUCUUUUAUUUCUUCGUUGUCACCGACUAUUAGCGCUGAUAGUGCAGAGAGAGUUCCAGGAUUUUAAGCUAUUUGAUUGACUACGAAGUUAUGCCUGUGCAACAUACAAUUUGAUCAUGAUAGUAUUUGCCGACACAUAUUA